GCUCAUUCCACCACCAGCCACCAGCUACACCCCGCCGAUACCUCCUCUCUUCAUACCAUCAAGAACGACUCACACAGAUCAUAACUCACCGGAUCCCACGAUCACCCACAUAGACCGUCCUUUGUGCGAGUUUCGAUAACCGCCGCCGCACACGUUCACGAACCGCUCGACCUAGCUACACUCCGAUCAAGACCACGAUCAAAACGACACAAAACACAAGACAAUAUACCUCACGCACACACGCUACCGUCUUUCCACACAACGGAAACCUCAUUCGCUCAAUCUCCUCUACAAGAUCUAUACGCAAGAUGCUCUCUCUAGCGACCCUCGGAUCCCUGGCGGUCUGUUCCCUCGCAGGCCUGGCACAGGCGUACGACAACGAUGCUAUGCGUAGCAAGGCCGUCUAUCAGGUCUUGACGGAUAGGUUCGCAACCAGCGACGGGUCCACGACCCAGCCUUGUGAUGUCUCUGCCAUGAGUUACUGUGGAGGCACCUACAAGGGACUCGCCGGCAAGCUGGAUUACAUCAAGGGCAUGGGAUUCGACGUCAUCUGGAUCUCGCCCAUUGUCUCGAACAUCGGAGGGAACACAUCUCUUGGGGAAUCGUAUCACGGUUACUGGACCCAGGACAUCUACAGCCUCAAUGAAGCGUUCGGAAGCGAAGCCGAUCUGAAGGACCUGAUCAGUCAGGCCAAAGCCAAGGAUAUGGGGAUCAUGGUCGACGUCGUCGUCAACCACGUCGCGGCGACGGCCUCGGGCAACUUUAUCCCGAACGAUUCCUACGGUCCUUUCAACAGCACCGCGCAGUACCAUCCCUUCUGCUGGGUCGAUGACUACAACAACCAAACGAACGUAGAGCAGUGUUCCCUCGGCAACACUGACGUUACGCUCCAGGAUCUCGACACGGAGGAUCCCAAUGUCGUUCAGAUUUUCAACUCGUGGAUCAAGGGUCUGAUCGCCGAUUACGGGUUCGAGGCCAUCAGGAUCGACACCGUCAAGCACGUUCGAAAGGACUUCUGGCCCGCUUUCGUCGACGCUGCCGGGGUCUACGCCGUCGGCGAGGUCCUCGAUGGCUACCCUCCCUACGUCGCCGCGUACCAAAAGCAGUCCAUGGACAGCGUGUUCAACUAUCCCGUCUACUUUCCCCUCAAGGCCGCCUUCAACUCGACGAGCGGAAACAUGAGCGCGUUGUCAGAAAUGGUCACUACGCUCACCACGACGUUUGACGACACGACCAUGUUGGGAAACUUUUUGGACAACCACGACAAUUCCCGGUUCGAAGCCACCGUGAACGACAAAAUGUUGAUCAUGAACGCGGCUACGUUCCCCUUUGUCAGCGAUGGAAUCCCCUACGUCUACUACGGACAAGAGCAGGGCUUUACCGGUGGCGAGAUUGAUUACGAAAACAGGGAGGCCAUGUGGCUCAGCAACUUUAACACGGAGACCGACAUGUACAAGCAUUUCGGCAAGCUCAACACGGCUCGAUCGGUCAUGGGCCAGGCUCAACCUUCAUUCUACACCACCAAAGCUUCGAUCGCCGACUCGACCGACAGCGAGAUUGCUAUCUCCAAGCCUCCCAUGCUCUCGGUUCUGUCCAACCGGGGUGCCGGGUCGGGUAGCAACACGAUGAAGCUGAACAAUCUCGCUUACGACGCCAACACGCAGCUGUUGGACGUCAUCGGUUGCAAGACUUACAGCACCAACGGCGACAAGUCGCUCGAUGUCACCGUCCAGGACGGCGCGCCUCAGGUCUUUGUGCCGGCCUCGCUCAACCAGGACAACAAGAUUUGCUCGAGCACGGCGACUGGAUCCAGCAGUGGAGGAGACAGCAAGAGCGCCGGAUUCGUCGAUGCCAAGAUCCCGGUGGUCGCUGGUGCGAUGACCGUCCUCGCCGGACUAUUCUUGACCAUGUUCUAGAGCCGGUCUGAAACGAGAUGGACCUUUUGACGAGCCUGAAAAUAAUGACCACCAAAGUAGAAUAGAGAACCUCAUAUACACACCCUCGUUUGACGAAUAGCUACUUGACCCCUCAUGGACGAUUGAAACGAUAUAGAAAGCAGAUGUGCCGGUCGG